AUGACGGGGCUACCGUUCAUCCUGCUCCUAAUCGCAAUCAGUACUCAUCUCGUCCCCUGCGAAUCCCUCGACUCCGCGUCACCAGAGCAUAGAAGCGUCGACGAGCCGGUGCUCAACCUGUCCUACACGAAACUCAAGGCCAAAUCCGAAGACAAGAGCGUAAUAGUGACGGCGAAGCCGAUACCCGAGAUAUCCCAAAAUCUCGAAACGUCAAAACUCAAACACGAUGCGAUAGGCCGUUCGCCUAUGCCACCCACAACGAUGCGUCCCAUGGUGUCGCCGAAGUAUCGGCUACAGCAGCGCAACCGCGUCGCAGCUCCUGCCUCGCCGAGGGACAGCUACCUCGACGCUUUGGAGUAUUCGCAUAACAUUAAGGACGUCAAGGGACACGAGGACAAGUCGCCGAAAUUGACGAGGAGAGAAUACACGCCGGGACCUGUUUACAGGCCGGAGACCGAUAACGCGGCUAGCAGCAGCAAUAAAAUCGAAACUAUCGCGAAGACCCCAAGGAUCUCCUACGUCGGCAGCUCGUCCGUCAGGCCGUCCGACUCUUUUCGGCCCUCGGCCGAGAUCAACUCCCACAAUCAGCCGCAAGUCUCGAUCGGCACUGGUUUCGAUAGCAACAACGAAAACGGUAACAUCGUCAACAGCAACAGCUACAGCUACGACAUCUACAGCCCUCCAGAGAAGAACUACGGAGCAGCACCUCAGACCUCGUACGGACCACCAUCGCCGUCUUACGGACCACCCUCGGCGUCGUAUGGACCUCCAUCGUCGUCUUACGGACCACCACCGUCGUCUUACGGACCACCGCUGAUGUCUUACGGACCACCGUCGACGUCGCACGGACCGUCGUCCUACGGAAUCCCCUACGGAUCGUCGCAGCAAGGUCUGGGCUCGCUGCAGGCGACCUACAGCACGUCGUACCCGCUGCCGGAUCUCUUCCCUCUGCCGUUCUUCCCGGCGAUCGACCUCAGCUGGCCGAUCUCGCUGAAGAUCAACGCCUACACCCUGAUCAAAAUAAUCCUCAAGAUAAUCAUCUUCAAGAUGAUCGUCAAGUUCAUCGGCACCAUCUGCCUUCUGCUCUUCCUGCCGAAGCUCAUCUCCAAGAAGAAAGACCAACACAGCGACGACGAGGAGGACGACUCGCGGGGAUUCGCCGACAAGCAGACUCUGUCGAGGGAACGGCUGCACUUGCUGUCGUCGAUAGUCUCGCGCUCGAUCGAGCAUUACGCCGAGCUGAACGGAAAAAACGGCGCGACAACGAGUCGCCGGAGGGACCAAGAGGCGCCGUGCGAGAGUCUCCUAUGUCGAAUCGGCAGGCGCGUGUUCGGCGCUGAUACGUGGGCCGAUUAUAUACGGCUGUUUAAGAGCUACCUUGCCGAGGAACGGUCUGCGGCGGUUCAGCGAUCGAGGAAGAGAUAGUGCGAAAUGUGCAAAUGGCUUUCUUCCAAAAACUACCUUGUAUACGACUGUAAUUUAUUUAUUUAUUUAUUUAUUUAUCAAACGCGCUCGCUCCUCUACGGUAUUACGUGCAGGUCGAGUGUAUAGUGCACUUAUACCGUUAGGAGCGACGACGACGAAUAAAGAGAUUAUUUUUUUGUCAUCUCA